GGUUUCCAGAGGUUCCCUGAGUAUUGAAGCUUUUGAACCGUGGGUGAGUCAGAUGUCGUUUCAGAGACAUUUGGAACUGUCUGCGCUGAGUCGAGUUCAAUCUAUUUCGCUGGGACUCUUGUCUCUCUUCUGUGUCUUCUGUAUGACCACUGGCCUGUAUACGUACAUAAAGUACUCGAUGUGUGUUGACGAAACGUCGACGGUGAAGUCAUGCCUGGGUCUAGGGUGACUGUGUCUCCAGAUCACUACAUAAUGUAUCGAUAGGUUGCCCUGAGGUGCUGGACGAGGCCGUUCGGCCCCAUCAUGUCGGGCACAAAUAUUCCAAUCGACAAAGGCUGGCCGGAUGACUGCUUCCACAAGACUGAAGCAGUGAACGCUUCUCCCGAGGUCCAUAAUGGCGGUCCAGCCAUCGCAGUGCUGUUAAAGGCUACCCUCUGCGAGUGUCGAGACUUCUGCGUCAAUGCUGAAUGGCAGAUCCAGCGGGGAGAUGGUCGAUAUGAACCCGCGUCAUGCAGCCUCUUUUCUCGCCACCGUAUCCAAAUGGCGGUAUUUUAAAGCACAUCAUUCUCAAGCAUAAUG